AUGACCACUUUCAAGAAUGUACUCCCAAUUAUUUUGUCCUGCACCCUGUUCCUGCUGACCGCAGGGGAGGACUCCGAGGAAGUCAGCCCGUUACCCCCAAUAAAAAUCGACAAGCACCUGCGCCGGGCGCUUUUAAAAGCCCUGGAAGACCUCGAGACCGAGUCCGAAGAGCAGAAGCCGGAUCCUCCCACCGCGGAGCAUCUCGCUACGAAAGUCGCCGAUAACAUCGACACAUCCUCGCGCUUCUCCGGCGCCUCCUUCUCCUUCUCCGGUUUCCCCGCCGAAUCAUCGGAAGUCCCGUCCGAGGAAAAACUUCAGAACUCGAGUUUCAUCGAGACCGAAAAACUCGAGACCUCAGAGCCCAAAGAGAGCGAGAAAGCCGCAUUCCAGAAGUACGACGUACUCCUCGGUGACAAGGAGAUCCAGGAGAAGAGCCCAAACCCAAAUCAAGUCGAUCAGAUUCUAACCCGAAGUGUGGAAAUAACAGGCGGCAGAUCAGCAAACUCGAUCAAUCAAUCAACGAAGGAAAAGGACGAGAAAGAAAGUUUGAGCGUCAGCUCAAGCAAUGGGAUAGCGUCAGCCUCCGCAAACUCAUUAGUUCCCCCGAGUCCGACACCACCGAGUCCCACGGUGAAACCGCUGUCCCAGAAUGCUACGUCACCGCUGCUGCCGACACUGCCACCAGGUGUGAGUGCAAAGCCAAGUGAUUCAGAGGUCAAGAUCUUCCAGGCGCCGUUGGUAGCGGCUUUCACUGUUCAGCAGGACGAGCGAGGAGUCCCAAAGAGCGUUGUUCCCUUGUACAAGCCAGGCUCCGAGAACGAAGGACUGAGUCUGCAGGAGCAACUGGAAUUUAGACAGCAGUUGUUGGACAAACAACUGGCAGAUCUGCAAGCUCAACAGCUCCGCCAGACGCAGUUCUUGUACAACCAACAGCAGCUGUAUCACGAGCAAUUGAGGCAGAAGCAGAGACAGCAGUUGUACCUGCAGGAGCAAGCGAGGCUUAAGCAGAUUGAGGAGGAGAGAAUUCAGCAGCUCAAGCAGGCGCAGCAGCAGGUGCAGCAGGCACAGUUGCAAAAUCCCCAAGGGGCGUUCAGCCAGAACAAUCUGCUGACGUUUCAGCCUCCCCUCCAGACCCAAAACGUUCAGUUCCAGCCGAGUGUGAGCCUUCAGCUCCCCAACACAGCUGUUCCACCGCCAUUCGCUCAAUCCCCAUCGGUCCAGGACCAGCUGAGGCUGCAGGAACUCCAGAGACAGCAGAUAAUUCAGCAUCAGACCCAGCAGCUGCAGUUCCAGAGACAGCAGGCGCUCUUCCUUCAACAGCAGAGGCUCCAGCAGAGCUUCCCGGGCUUCCAAAGUGAAUUCCAACCCCCGGCACCCAUUUCCGCUGCGAGGUUCCACAGGCAAGAAGCCUUCGGCUCUGUUGGAAACUUCGGCACCAACGACAACAGGCAAAUCAUCAAUAGAAAUCAUCUGCUCCUCGAGCCCCCCAGGCUCGCAGCUCAGGACUUUGUGACAUUCAAUCAGUUUGGAUUCAGGCAGCAGCCCCUCAGGCCCCCAACCCCUGCCAGACAGAUACAGCAUCUACUCUUUCAAUCUGGUGUUGCCGGGGCACUUCAAUCCCCGCAAAAUCUGCAGGGACGAUCCAACCAAGAAGACCUCAACAUUGUUUCCAAAGUUCUAGCACUUAAUGUCGGCGCUAUUCCUACCAAAAAUCUACAGUUCAAUGACGAGGGCUUCACCAGGGCGUGA